AUGUUGUCACGAUCUGACAAAGUCAAAGUUUCGUCCGUUUUUCGGUCAACACAUUUAAAUCCAACUACGGAAGGAAACGGACAACAAGACCAGACGUCAACAAGUCCAACGACAUCACAUUCCGAUCUUUAUAACCAGCUUAGUGCCUGCGUGGAAAAAUACGCAUACGGUCUUGGUGAGGACACAAAGCCGUUCGUGAAAUGGCUUCAACGGCAUGAAUACACUGUAGUCACGGAGACAAAGUCGCUGCCACCAGAAAUGCAGACUCGUCUUAUUCUGGACAAGAUCGGACAAACUGAGUUCGACAGGUUAGUGAAUCACGUCGCGCCUCGAAACCCGACGUCGAUGCCGCAGAACGAAGUCAUUGAGACGUUAAAGGAUCUUUUCCGCGAUAAGGUGCCCAUCACGCGACGCCGCAUAGAAAUCUUAAACUAUCGGUACGAUAAAUCGGUGCCCAUCACAGAACACAUCGAUCGUAUUAACCGUCACGCUUCAGAUUUUGAUCGCGCUAAGCUCACGGACGACAACCUUAGAAUCCUUUUGCUACUACAAUCAUUCUGCUAUUCGAGUGAAACCGAUGAACUGAAAAAGAUAGCUUUACGCGUAGUCGAAAAAAAUGCUAACGCAUCGCUCAAGGACGUCGUCGCGGAACUUGAAGCACACAUGAACGUAUCCACUAGUCUAAAAAUGUUAGAAAACCCGACAGCAAUCACGCCGACAGCAACUAUCAAUGCCGUUCACGCUAAAUACAAGGGCAAAACGGCUAAAAAACGGGCUCGUCCGACGACAGCGGCAGCAGCAACAGCGGCGGUGAAACCCGAGACGAAGUGCAACGGUUGCAGAGGUGCGCAUCAACGAAGUGCGCAGCAACGAAGUUCGCGACGCGUUAUGCCACAAGUGCUCGAAGAAGGGGCAUAUCGCUAA